AUGGAUUACAGCAGGUGGAUUUCGUUGGACGAGUUCACAGUGAACAACCUAGGCGUGGUGAAGAAGAUCAAUGAGGUCUCGAUGCCCAUUGCCUUCAAGGAGAGCUUCUACAGCGCCAGCGUUGAGCAGAACAACGACUUGAACCAGAUAGCCUACUUCAAGGAGAUUCCGGUUGGGGUCAUCAAGUGCAGGUUGAUAAUGCCCACCAAGAGCGACGGGAGUGCUGCCACCAAGAACAAGAGCAGCAGUAAGAUCUUGCCCAAGGGAAUCUACAUCGACUCAUUAUGUGUGUUGGAGAAGUACAGGCGCUUGGGAAUAGCUUCGAAAUUGCUCGAGUACAUAAGAGACAAGUGUUCAGAGUACUUUUUGCACGAAAUUGUCUGUCAUGUUUGGGUCGACAACAAGGAGGCCAUGCAAUUCUACGAGAAAAAUGGAUUUAAAGUUAAAAACGCAUUGGUAAAGGAUUACUACAAGAGCUACACAAACGAUUUGAAUAAUCAGACUGAUGCGAUUUAUUUGUCGUUGACUAUUUAA